AAGAUACUGAAUAUAAAACCACCAGAUACGUAGCCAAGUGCCACGCUGCGCAUGCGCAGAGAAAGUAUGGUUGAGCCAAUCAAAAUUAACAUGCGCAGCAUGAACAAAAACAGGUUGUGUGACAUGUAUGGUCUCUCGUUGAACGAAUAACAGAACACAUUUAAAAUUAUCUAUAACUUGUUAUUAAAAAUUAAGCAACAAGAAAUGGACGAUUAUACAGUACCAUUAGAUGCUGAAACCGAAAUGUUUUGUACAUUGUAUUUGUUUAAAAAUGUGCAAAAUUCUAAUGAAAUAUGUAAAAAGGUUAUGAGUGGUGAACUUCCUUGUUGCAUUAUAAAAGCAUCGCUCAUAGCAGAUCCAUUUCAAUUAAUAAUAAGUUCAAACAAAGCUGCAAUUAAUGCAAAGAUGAAUCAACUUACUACGAAGAAUGUAUAUAAUGAAAUUUUGUUCAAUUUAUCGAUGUCGAAAAACAUAUCACGUGCCCUGACCGAAUUCGGCAUUAGCGAUAGUGAUAAAAACAUAUUAAUAGCAAUAAUACACAAAGCGGAUGAAAAAACAACAUUAAAUACAGUUAUUGAUGCUAUAAAAGGAGAAAAAAUACCAGUGUCAAAACUACCUGAAUAUACAGAUCUUGAAUUAAUAAAAAAGACAUACAAAAUUGAUAAAGAUGAACUGAAGGUUUCUAGUUUAAUUAAUUCAAUUGUAUCUAGAAUUAGUGGUAUUUAGUUCAUAGCGUUCUUAAUAUCAAUGUUAUCAUUUAUGAGAACACAAUAAUUUACAAAGAACGCAAAAAGGAUUUGAUGAAAAGGAAAAUUAGAAUAGUUCAAUCAAAAAUACUUUUUUCUCUUUUAUUCACUCAUAAAUAAGGCCAAAGAUGUGUAGAAAACAAUUGUUAUAUCCGCAAGGACACAGUAUGCGUCAAAUCCUGCGGAAGCAAAGUAGCAAUUUAAGGAUAAUACCCUUAAAUGCAUACAAAAGCAAUAUAAUAUUGACAGUUUGUUAUGUAUACCUUGGCAAACCACAUAUUUCGCACAUUGCAAAAUCUGCUGCAUUGAGAAAAGUGCAAUGAGAACAUGUCCAGAGUGUUUGA